AUGGUGGCCCCACUCGUGAAGGUGAAGAGCGUGCACAAGCACACCGCGCGCUUCAAGCGCCACCAGAGCGACCGGAAGAUCUCCGUCAAGGAGAGCUGGAGGCGGCCAAAGGGUAUUGACUCCCGCGUUCGCCGGAAGUUCAAGGGAUGCGGUGUGACCAUGCCCAACAUCGGCUACGGCACCAACAAGAAGACCCGCCACGUCCUGCCAAACGGUUUCCUCAAGUUCAUCGUGUCCAACGUGAAGGACCUUGAGCUGCUGCUGCUGCACAACCGCAAGUACGCCGCUGAGAUCGCACACAACGUGUCCACCCUCAAGCGCAAGGCGAUCGUGGAGCGCGCGGCCGAGCUCAACGUGAACGUCCUGAACGCUGGCUCUCGCCUGCGCAGCCAGGAGGACGAGUGA